GUUGUUAUGGUAUCCAACAAAGAUAAGGAUAAACUAUACAACUUAAAAUAUUCUUUUGUUUAAUCAGUCUUUUCAAAACAAACUAACGAGAAUAAAAGAUUGAUUGGUUAAUUAAUUAAGAGAAGGAUAAUAGUAAACAGUAAUAUCUACAAUAAUCUAUACCUUUGAUACAGAGAUAAUUGUCAAUUUUCUAUGGAAAACCAACGAAAAUUAAGCGAGUCAUCCGACUUAUCUUUAGAAAUAAAGCGUAGUGAUUCAGAAGAUAUUACGGAUAGUGAAAAUUCAGAACACGACGUAUCGGAAGAUCCUCGUAGAAAAGCCGCUACAUAUUUAUCAAAAGAAAACAUUUUUGAAUUAUUUCGGACUUUAACCGCUGGAAUAGUUUAUAAUAGGCCAGAAAAUUCCGUAAAAUUUAUGAUAAAUGAAAUUGAUAAGAUAAAUAAAGUUAAGGAAAAGAAUUCUGAAUCUUUGGCCCCUGAUCAAAGUGAUUUAUUGAACGAUGAUCCAAAAGUUGAUAAUUCAUUAACUUCUGUGAAGCCUUGCUGA